AUGCUCGCUCUCAAUACCGAGCUUCCCCGCUUUGAAGCGGGCAUACCAAGAAAAUUAGCUCCUACAAUUGGGAUUUCUGUCGACCCUCGUCGCCAAAAUUUGUCUGAAGAGUCUCUUGUCGAAAAUGUCAAGCGACUCAAGGCCUACCGUGCGCGCUUGAUCCUCUUCCCACGUAAAUCCGGUGAACACAAGAAGAACGACUCUUCGAGGGAGGAGGUCGAGGCAGCCCUGAAGUCAGACAAUAUCACAAGUAAAACGCAUUCUGUCCUACCGGUCGCGAACGUCGCAAGGGCAGAGGCUGUGAGUGAGAUUUCGCGAAGUGACCUGCCUAAGGGAACCGAGAAAGCGUAUCGAACACUCAGAGAUGCUAGGAGCGAGGCAAGGUUGGUUGGCGUUAGGGAGAAGCGAAAGAAGGCCAAGGAAGAAGAAGCUACCGCCACGAAGAAAUAG